AAGCAGCUGGACCAGGGUCUCUCCCUAGACUCGAAGUAUCAUCGAGUACUGCUUUGCUUGGGCAGAGCGUCUCCAUCAUCCGUCCUUUUCUCGGACCAGCCAUGAUCCACAGCCUCUUCCUGAUUAACUCAUCCGGUGAUAUCUUCCUGGAGAAGCACUGGAAAAGUGUGGUCAGUCGCUCAGUCUGUGACUACUUCUUUGAGGCCCAGGAGCGAGCUUCAGAGGCCGAAAAUGUGCCCCCUGUGAUCCCCACCCCCCACCACUAUCUCUUGAGUGUUUAUCGGCACAAGAUCUUCUUUGUGGCUGUGAUCCAGACAGAGGUGCCCCCGCUUUUUGUCAUUGAAUUCCUUCAUCGGGUUGUGGACACUUUUCAGGAUUAUUUUGGAGUCUGCUCUGAAGUAGUCAUCAAGGACAAUGUGGUGGUGGUCUAUGAGGUCCUGGAGGAGAUGCUGGACAAUGGAUUCCCACUGGCUACCGAAUCCAACAUUCUGAAAGAGCUAAUCAAGCCACCCACCAUCUUGCGAACGGUUGUCAACACAAUUACAGGCAGCACCAAUGUAGGAGAACAACUCCCCACCGGGCAGCUGUCCGUGGUACCCUGGCGACGGACUGGCGUGAAAUACACCAACAACGAGGCCUAUUUCGAUGUGAUUGAAGAAAUAGAUGCUAUCAUUGACAAAUCAGGUUCCACAAUUACAGCUGAAAUUCAAGGGGUGAUUGAUGCAUGUGUGAAACUGACUGGGAUGCCAGAUCUUACCCUCUCCUUCAUGAACCCCAGGUUGCUGGAUGAUGUCAGCUUCCAUCCUUGCGUGCGUUUCAAGCGGUGGGAAUCAGAACGAAUCCUCUCCUUCAUCCCUCCAGAUGGGAACUUCCGCCUGCUUUCCUAUCACGUCAGUGCUCAGAACCUGGUGGCGAUCCCUGUUUACAUGAAGCACAACAUCAGUUUCCGAGACAGCAGCUCGUUGGGCCGCUUCGAGAUCACAGUGGGUCCCAAACAGACUAUGGGGAAGACCGUGGAAGGGGUGACGGUUACCAGCCAGAUGCCGAAAGGUGUCCUCAACAUGACCCUCACACCUUCGCAAGGAACGCACACCUUUGAUCCUGUUACAAAGAUGCUGUCCUGGGAUGUGGGCAAGAUCAACCCCCAAAAGUUACCAAGCUUAAAGGGGACAAUGAGCCUCCAGGCGGGAGCCUCCAAGCCUGACGAGAACCCCACUAUCAACCUUCACUUCAAAAUACAACAGUUGGCUAUUUCUGGGUUAAAAGUGAAUCGACUGGACAUGUACGGAGAGAAGUAUAAACCUUUCAAAGGGAUCAAGUACAUGACGAAGGCUGGCAAGUUCCAAGUCCGGACCUAGAAGCACCUGUGUCAGAGAGGAGACUUAGGCUCUCACUUCCUACUCCGCCUCUGACUUCCUGCUCCACCUCUGCUCCCAUUUCCCCCUGGAGCUGCUGCUUGCUGUGGCCUCUGUGAAUCAUUUCUCCAGACUGGGCAAACGUGGUGUAUCCAACUCAGAUUUCAAAGCUCUUAAGUGGAAGAGGAGAGCAAAUGAGGGGAAACAGUGACAUCGCUGAAAAGUCACUGGCUAAUUUCCCCCCUCUGGUAGAAUUCAGUGCCCUUCUUUCUCCCUUUGUGGCUGGCGGUGAGCUGUUUUCCUUCACAGCCCUGAGUGCGUGGGAGAAGCUGCCGGGACAGUAUGAUAAGGGGAGCUGAGAGAAUACCCCCGCUCCCCAGUAUUCUUCCCUUGGUACACAGGACUCUCUUCCAGGCAGGGUUUUGUGUUGUUGUUGUUUUUUUUGGGAGGGAAGAGUUGCUACUGCAGUCCAGCCAGGAGCCUGCUGUGGAAGACGGAAGGGGUGUUGUCCUCAUACUCAGUCAAGUCCCUGACCUUAGUGAAAUGUUUUGAUUGGGAGAGUAGCUGGAAACAGGUUUUUCAGGGAGCUGAAAGAAGCAUCUUGGCCCAUACUGAGAAUGCUCAUCCCACGGCUCUCUUUGGAAAACAGGGUUCCGGAUAGUGCUUUUGGAAACCUGCUUAACCGGAGAUUACCUGUGGGGCAAAAGAGAGACUGUCUAGACUGCUGGCAACGCAGCCUCUCCCUUACCACCUUCAGCUCUCUUUAAAAAUGAAUGCCUGGAAGGGAGGAGAGGGAAACAAGCUGUGUACAGUAUGUAUCAAGUGUGAUGUCUGGCUAAGGAAACUGGUGUUAUGUAUGUUUGUGCGUGCGCUUCGGCUGCGGCAGUGCAGCUCCCCCUCCUGCAUGCAGGUGUGUGUCAUGUGCUUCCAACCACCCUGUCUCCUUCCCCUCUUUCUUUCAUGCAUUGCUUCUAUACAGUUUAGAUUAUAGCUACAUGCUGGUGCCUUCUGCUCUGAGCCUCUACCAAUUUUGCACACUUGGUUUUGUUUUGUUGUUUUUAAUGUGGUAAUGCCAAGUUGACACUUGUGGCAGACUGUUCUGUCUUCCAAAUGCACCAAUGAGGUUAACAAACUUUGGAAAUGUGGUUUGGAGCUGUGAUCCUGGAAGCCGUGUCAGAGAAUCUCCGUGACCAGUUGCUGCGCCAAAACAAGAUUUACACAGUGGCCACCAUUUAACCAUCUGGUGUAAAAAACAGUGAUGCAAAUCAGAUCUCCCACACACACCCCGGUAAGAUCUGAUGGGUGAACAGUUACUAGUAAUGCAAAUGCAUUCAGAUGACCUGUUCCCACUUGGGGUGUAUUUAUACAUGGCCACUGCUAGAACUUUAGAUCAGGCAUGUGGCUGCAGUUCUAUGCAGGGAACUCAGUUCCCAGGAGUACACAGACCCACUAGGAAUCGUGGGGAUGUGGGGUUUAAGCCCUCUGCCCUGCUGUUUCUUCUGGCCAGAAAUGGCCCAAGGAAGGUGCUGUUUGCCAUAUUGGGGAAACACGUAUAUUGAUGAUGGUUACAUACAGGGCUUUUUUUGUAGAAAAAGCCCAGCAGGAACUCAUUAGCAUAAUAGGC